UGCGAGCCAAGAAUAGGUCACCGCGGAAAUGUGCUACUUAUCUUGAAUUUCAUGUGCAAGUAGAAAACAUAGCCGACGGCGUUCGGCUUUCACCGAAAUUCACUUUCUUCUUCUUGUUUCUGGAUGUUUAUUGUGUCUGUUUAGUCAGCCGCCUUGAUGCUGCUAUUUUGCAGUCAGGUGGUGUGCUAACACGUUAAAAUAAAAUCACCAGAAGACUUGGUGUGCUAGGAAACAAUGGAAGAGGCUACACACCUUGCAGAACGUCUCACUUCCGUGCUGAUUGCCAAGAUUUUCCAAGAGAUGUCAUUAGUUAGUAAGCUGAGAGAAGAUUUGGAACUCAUCUACGAUGAACUCGAGUGUAUCAAAGGCCUGCUCAAAGACACCGGUGGGCCUGAAAGGGCAAACUGCAGUUCAACGAGGAUAUGGCUGCAGAAACUUGAAGACUUCCUUAACGAGGCUCUCGACGAGUUGGAGGACACAUCUCAGCCUCAGUCCUCUAACUACAUCUCCCGCUACCUGUCGGGCCGUAAGAUUCGGGUGUUGAAGAAGAAAAUCAGCAACAUCCCUAAGAGUCCAAAGUAUUUCGAAUUUCUUAAAGGCAGGGAUGCGACGCCCUCUUCCAUGUUACUCAGUGAAAAUUCAUUACUGAAUAGAGAAAAAGCAACUGCGCUGAUUGUGGAAGCUACAACGGUCGGAAUGCAGAGAGAUAUUGAUGAGAUUACUAGAUUGCUUGUCAGUACAGAAAGCUCCCAUCAGAUCAUUGCUGUAACAGGGAUGGGAGGGCUAGGCAAAACUCUCCUCCUUCAACACGUCUUCAAUAGCCAAGGGAUCAAAGGAUUUUUUAAAAUUUCAAUUUGGGUGGCGGUAUCCCAAAACUUUAUGGAGAUUCAAAUUCUCGAACACAUAGCCCAGCAAAUAGAGCUACAUGAUGGAGGAGGAAGACAGCCAACUGUGGAGCAGCUCAGAGAUGGCAUCUAUAGCCACCUGCUCGGAACGGAAAGGCCGUGUUUACUUGUUCUGGAUGAUGUGUGGGACAGGCAUUCAUUAGAAAAAAUAAUGAAGUGCUUUCCGUUGAGGGGCAACAAUAAAGUGAUGCUUUCAACGCGUAACCAGAAAGUUGCAGAAUCUAUGGGAGCUCACAGUAUCCAUCAAAUGGAAUUAUUGUCUCCAGAAGACAGUUGGAUGUUAUUCUCCAUUCAUGCGUUCCCUGACUGCCACAAUAACGAUCCGCCAGUGGAGUUGAAGGAAUUGGCCCGCGCCAUUGAAAGAAAAUGCUCCAGGCUACCCCUGGCCGUGAAGACAGUAGCAGCAUCUAUGGCAAGCGUCCAGCGGCUUCCCAAUGUGUGGGAAUCCACAUUGAAAGCGUUGGAUGAUGUCGGCACAAUCCAGGAGGACGUUCUGCCGAUCUUGAAGUUAAGUUACGACGCUCUGCCAAAUUAUCUAAAACCUUGUUUUCUGUUCUGUUCUGCUUAUCCUGAAGAUGCUAGAAUGAAUUGUGAGUACCUGGUACAAGUAUGGGUUGCUCAAGGAUUUGUUAAUGCUAAAGAAACACAAGAUCCAUAUGAACUAGGAUUUUCUUAUCUUAACUUACUCGUUGAUCGUUGCAUGAUUGAAUUUGUUCCAUAUGAUGGGAAAGAUUAUAUCAUUAAGUACUGCAAAAUGCACGAUCUUCUACAUGAUCUGGCUCUUUCAGAAGCUCAGAAACAAAGAUGUUUAUUUCAGACAGGAAUAAAUCUGGAGAAGAUCCCACUAGAGAAUUGCCAAGGCCAGCGGAGGAUUUCAUUGAUUAAAAACAAAAUAGCUGCUCUUGACAAACCUAUCCACUCCCCUAGGCUUCUCACCCUACUUCUAUGGAACAAUCUUCCUCUCAAAUCAAUAUGUGAACAGUUUUUCAAUAGACUGAAGCAUUUAUGUGUGUUAGACCUGAGCCAGACUUCUAUCAAGUCGUUACCCAAGUCUAUUGCCAAAUUAACACAUCUGAGAUUCCUCAAUUUAUCGAGAACAUACAUCAAGAAGCUGCCAAGAUGCUUAAGUGGUCUCUUAAGGCUUCAAUUGCUGGAUGUCAGUUGGUGCGAAGAGUUGACAAGUCUGCAUUCAGGGAUAAGCAACAAUCAAUCUUUGCUACAUCUAAAUGUGACAGGCUGUAAAAACAUGGUACGGUUUCCCGUGGGAACAUCCAAGCUUUUCUCUUUGCGAAUAUUAGGAGAAGUCGUAUUUGAUUUGAGGGGAAACCCAAAAAAUUCAUUGAAGUUGACGCAUCUCAAAGGCUUGACUCUGCUCCAACAACUCUCAGUUGCAAUCGGCCCCGCCGUUGAGCUUCCAAACAAUAUAUUUGGAGAGAUGGAAGACAUGCGAAAGUUCUUUUUUGAUAAUCGUGAUCAGAAUUCACGUGUUGAGCUUCCAGAGGACAUGGCUGUCAUGAAACGACUGGUAAUUCUUCACCUUCGCAACUGCGUGCUGCCCGCAUGGAUCUCUCACCUCAACAACCUCACGCUUCUUCUGUUGGAAAGAGAUCAUUCUGAAAAUUAUGAAGCCCUUCAAACAAUUCCCAACUUAAGGCGACUAAUCUUAAUGCAGAACAACAAGUGCAUUGAUUUCACUCCCGAGUCUGAGACCAUCGAUUUCGCUCCGGAGUCUGGGAAUUCUGUCUCAUUUCCCAACCUGGAGAAACUGAUUAUAGAAGAAUUUUCUCAGCUGCAAAAGUUUCCAGUACUGGGAGAUAAAGCAAUGCCAAAGCUGCAAUAUUUUCGAUUGGUGAAUUGCAACCAGCUGAAAGGAUUGCCUCAAGGCUUGGAUCUACUCAAUAGCCUUCAAGUCCUACAAGUGAUCGGCUGUGGUGAAAGGUGCUUCAACGAUCUUAAGGAAAAUGGUUGUUAUUGGCAAAAGUUCCGACGUGAUAUCCAAGUAAUAUCGAGGCAAUAGGUGAAACCAUGGUACAGGAGGCUCCUCAAUUUCAGCAUAGUAGUGUUUCUUCAUGUUUCACUGGUGUUCAUCAUGUUCCACUUUUUGUGGGAAAUUGUCUUUCAUAUGUUUUCUCUCAUAUUUGGAGGGAUAUCUAUUGUAUUUCUGUUAGAGGUUGUUUUUGGAGUCAUCUCGAGUCCUCCUUUCAUUCACAUUUUUAUAUUUUUUUUUCUUUUGAAAAGGAGUUUUUCCCAUGAGGUUUUCUUCUUUUCUUUCAAUUGUGAGAGUUCUUUUUAAUUUGUACAUGGUACCUUAUAAGACCUAUUUGUGAGGACCCAUUAUUUGUUUUAUAUGCAUUCAUCAUUGAAGCUUCUAAUUUCAUUCUUAGUUGUACUUAAGGAGGGUGUUAGAGUAAAAAGGUAAUUAGUAAACUCCAACACCAACAUCCCUCCUUAGAUUUCUUGUAUGAAAUAAGAAUGGCAUUGGCUUCUAUAGAUGGUGAUCUUACCAUGUUUUGAUAUUUUCAAUAAAGUUUACUUCUCUUCUCA